ACUUUACCCUGUUUCACUGGGUGGGUAACGUUUAGUUCCGCGGCGGCGGUAACGGCAGCGCGAGUAGGGCUUUGAGUGCGGUUCUGUCGCCGUGGUCGGGGCCGGAGAUGGCGGAGUACAGUCAGACGAGUAUAUUAACGGCCCUGCUGCUGUUUACUGUGGUAACCGUGAGGGAUAUUUAUGUGGGCCGUAAUAGCAUGACUCAACAGGACAGCGCUGGACCCGAUAUAAACACACAGAGACAGAACAAACACACAUUAUACACGGGUCCGGUUCUCAAGUUCCAGUUCUGUAUAUCCUGAGGGUACAGCAAGGUGUUCCAGGAGUACUCCCGGUCCAUCAGCCAGCUGUACCCGGACAUCCGAAUCGAGGGAGAGAAUUACCCUCCCAAUCCCAUCAACAAAUACAUUGGAAAUUUAAUCUCCUACUUCAAACUGCUUGCCAUUGCCUUGAUUGUGACUGGGCAAAACCCUUUCCAAAUGUUUGGUAUGAACACUCCUAGAAUUUGGUCCUGGGGACAGGAGAAUAAGAUUUUCUCCUGCCUCAUGGCAUUCUUCAUUAGUAACAUGUUAGAGACCCAUUUCCUCUCCACAGGAGCUUUCGAGGUUACAUUGAAUGAUGUACCAAUUUGGUCCAAGUUGCAAUCAGGAUAUGUGCCCAACAUUCAGGAGCUUUUCCAAAUCUUGGAUAACCACCUGAAGAUGAAUCAGGUUGACAAGAUGAACUUUCCCUCACCAUAGUGCUGUUGUUUUUGCCAAGAGACAGGUCUCUGGAGCUGUUUCUCUGGUCAGCGGGACAGUGGACUGUGGCAUAAUGAAGGCCUGCGUUGCAAACAGCAUGCUGUUAGCACAGGCUCGAUGCUCGGCCACCACACACACUCUUUCUGCCCAGCGACACACACCUUUGGAUUGACUACAUCUCUUCAGAGCGUCAGACUACAUGCAUUCAUAGUAUGAGAGUCACGUAUGAGCUAAAGGCACUACAAUUAAUUAUGCUGAAGCUUUUUUUUGUUUUUUUGAUCAGGGUUCUGUUUUAAGUGCUUUCAGCUGAAAUUGACCCAUCUUUCUCCAGGGCAACCGUGAUGUUUUCUUAACAUAGACCUUUAUCAUGAUUAUUUGUUUGCACUGGUGUAGACUGUACUGUACUGGGGGUAUUGGACUUUUUAAGUAGUGGGAAUGUCUCUGUAUUGUGGAAACAUGCAGUUCUGUUAGAGUGAGCUAGAUGAUUUUUUUUAAAUGCUUGAAAUUGUAAUUUUAUGUCCUGCUUGUCACAGGUUUGCUGGUUAGAUUCAUAAGUACAGCAUGUGCUUGUGGAGAAAAUUAAGGCCAGAUCUUCCUCUCUUCUUCUUAAACUUUAACCGUGUACAGUAGCACUGCCAGAGUAAUCUGUGGAAUCAGCGUAACUCUUCAAAUCGCUGCUGUGAGUGUUGCAUAUCAGAAGAUGUGAAUGGUAUUUCCAAAGACUCCCUCUAUUUUUCCAGCUCUCUCCAUAUAGAUGUGGCGACAAGCAAUGUACCCCUUAUAUUUUAAUGUACCGCUCUGUGAAUUUGUAACAAAAGUGAUACGAUAGUUGGGAUUAAGUUGCACUGAGAAAAGAAAUUUUCACAGUGAUGUUAAAUAAAGAUUAAAAUAUUUCAAAAA